UUCUACACCCAUCACAUUAUCCUAUUUCUUCAAACUCUCAGAAGCUGGAACAACAGUGCUGUGUGUGAGUGGGGGCAGGUAGUGUUGUUCAUCCAAAAAGAAAAAAUCUUGUAUUGAUUAAAAGGGAAGAACUUCAAAUCCAAGCCAGAGUCACCUGAAUGAAACCACUGUCUCCUUCACUUCAAAUCCAUUCCAGCACACAGUCACUCUUGUACAAUCCAAAACCCCCAAAAGUUUCAAUCUUUCCCUUUGAUUCCGAUACCCUUUUGCAUUCUUUCUUCUUCUUCUUCCUCCUCUCUUUGACCUAUGGCUUCUGCUCCUCCCACACCACCACCACACUGUUCCUCUGUCCCUUCUAGGCCUAAUGUUAACAGGAGCACCCAUAACCAUAGGCAUAGCAGCCACCACAACAACCACAACCGUCAUAACCACCAAAAUAGCCGACUGAGGAGGCAAGAACAGUCAAGGUGGAACCAUAAUGGUUAUGGUUCUUUUGCAAAUAACUCACCUUUGCCUUAUGCUAAUGCCACAGGUUCAGGUUCUGGUGCUGGUGUUGCUUCAGCUUCUGCCGUUGCUGCAGCUGUAGCUGCUGCUGCUGCUGCUGCUGGUGACAAUGCACCUGCUGCAUUUUCAUCAGCAUUGGGGAUGCUCGGUGGCCGGAGGUCCACUCUCGGCCUGGAGUUUUCAGGCAGAAGGACCACACGGUUCGCGGCAAGGAUGCGCUCAGGGAGGCUGAGGUACAACAAUAACAAGACAAAGCAUUCUCUUAUUGCUGAAGAGGUGCAGCAGUGCCUUGAAAAGUCUGGUAAUGAUGUUGCAUCUGUUGACAAUGUUUUGCUUAGCUAUGAGAGUAAGAUGUAUGAUCCUGAGGAUUAUAUUUACCUUAUUAGGGAAUGUGGCAAUAAGGACCUGUACUUGCAGGUAUCUAAGACCUAUGAUUUUGCUAUGGGGAGGAAGCAUUAUAACUGGUUUUACAAGGGGAAGUUGACUAGUACUGUGAUUAGUCAACUUGGUAAAAUGAAGAAAAUUGAGCAUGCUUGUAGGGUGUUUGAUGUGGCCAGGAGCCAAGGGUUCGGUAACACCGUUUAUUCCUAUUCCUCUAUGAUCAAUGCUUAUGGGCAUAAUGGGCGUUUUAACGAUGCCGUGCGCUUGUAUAGGUCAAUGAGGCCAUUGGGAAUGGAACCAAAUUUGAUUACCUAUAAUGCCCUGAUUGAUGCAGGAGCUAAGGGGCAUGUAGACUUUAGUAUAGUUGCGAAGUUUGUUGAUGAGAUGGUGGCGAAUGGGAUCAUGCCUGAUCGGAUUACCUAUAAUUCGCUUCUUAGUGUUUGUGUCCCAGGGGGUGCUUGGGAGAUCGCCAGGGAUUUGUUUGCUGAGAUGAGGAAUAAAGGGCAUGAGCAGGAUGUGUAUACUUAUAAUACGUAUUUGGAUGUCUUAUGUAAGGGUGGUCAGCUGGAUUUUGCCAGAAGCAUUUUCGCAGAUAUGUCUGCCAAUAAUGUUUUUCCAAAUGCAGUAACAUAUAGUAUUUUGAUGGAUGGCUAUUCGAAAGCUGGCCAAUCUGAAGAGGCUCUUGCUUUAUAUGAUGAAAUGAAGCGUCUAGAUAUUCCUGCUGAUAAGGUUUCUUAUAAUACACUGAUUGCAGUCUAUGGAAGGCUUGGUUUGUUUGAGGACGCACUAUUCGCCAGCGAAGAGAUGGAGAUCUGUGGUUACAAAAAGGAUAUUGUAACUUACAAUGCUCUUUUGGGUGGAUAUGGGAAGCAUGGAAUGUAUGAUGAAGUUAAGAGAAUAUUUACUGAGAUGAAAAGAAAGCAUAUUUAUCCAAACACAUUAACUUACUCUACGUUGAUUAAUGUCUAUACUAAAGGAGGAAUGUACAUGGAAGCAAUGGAAGUUUACAAAGAGUUCAAGGAGAAUGACCUGGAGGUUGAUGUUGUCUUUUAUAGUCAACUUAUUGAUACUCUCUGUAAAAAUGGGCUAGUGGAAUCUGCUAUGGUGUUGCUUGAUGUGAUGACCAGGAAUGGAAUCACUCCUAAUGUGGUCACCUAUAACUCCAUGAUUGAUGCCUUUGGUGAUGUUUCAGCUCUCGGGUUUAAAACUUCUUUUCGGGCCAAUGACGAUCAGACUGAAUCUUCAGCUUCUAUGCUUAUUGCAGCGUCAUCCCAGAAUCAGACUGGAUCUGACAAAGAAGACCGAAUCUCAAAGAUGUUCGAGCAACUUGCUGUGGAGAAAGCAGGACAUGGGAAGAAGGAUUUGAGGACCAAACAAGAUUUCAGCAUAUUGUGGCUCUUAAGAAAAAUGUAUGAGCUGGAAAUUAAACCAAAUGUUGUCACAUUUUCAGCGAUUCUGAAUGCCUGCAGCCGUUGCAAUUCGUUUGAAGAUGCUUCAAGGCUGUUGGAUGAGCUCCGCCUGUUCAAUGACCAGGUGUAUGGUGUAGCCCAUGGACUGCUCAUGGGUUCAAGGGAAAACAUAUGGAUCCAUGCUCAAGCUGUCUUUGAUGACAUGAAGCGCAUGGAUAAUUUGACAGCAUCUGCCUUUUAUAAUGCUCUAACUGACAUGCUGUGGAACUUUGGUCAGAAACGUGGAGCGCAGCUGGUUGUGCUUGAAGGGCGAAACCGAAAUGUGUGGACUGGCGACUGGUCCAUUGAGUGCUUGGAUCUACACCUGAUGUCUUGUGGAGCUGCAUGCGCGAUGGUUCACAAUUGGUUGCUAAACAUUCGAUCAAUUGUUUUUGAAGGAUCUGAACUGCCAAAGCUGUUAAGUAUUUUAACUGGUUGGGGAAAGCAUAGCAAAGUGCUAGGCGAUGGAGCUUUGAAGAGAAAAAUCGAAGCUCUUCUGAAUGGGAUCGGAGCACCUUUCAAGAUUGCUGAGUCUAACAUUGGAAGGUUCACAUCCCCUGGAUAUCUGGUUGCUGCAUGGCUCAAGAAAUCAAGCACCCUGAAUGUGCUUGUUCUGCAUGAUCGCAUUACUGCUUCUGAACCUACUGCUUCUGGUCUAGUAUAUAGCUUGCAGGCCCCUUGAAAAGAAAAGGGUUGUAGAAGCCGGGGACAGAUCCUCAAAAUUGCAGAAUACAAUUGAGAGGAUCACAUGUUGGAUCUUGUGACCCAAUACAGGAAAACACAACACUUGAUUCUCUCAAUUGAAUUCUGCAAUUGAGAGAAUCAAUUCCCCUUGUAAGCAUAAAGUAGCAGUCUUUUGUAAUAUAUAUAUAUAUAUUAGGCCUACCUACAGGUUAAAUGUCGCUGACCUUCCCCUAUUUUGUUUACUGUGGGGAAGGUUCUUGUGAAAAUAUUUGUUAGAGACAGUUUAAAAUAACGAAUGAUCAUUCUAUACUCUAUAUAUCCUUCAUUUUAGUCCAA